ACUCUGUCCUUCUCAAUCUGAGUCAAAUCUGGGACUUUGGCUGUCGCUCCAUCCUCCAUAUGCCUCUGUCUUGCUCUCCAUCUCUGGGCCACCCACCACCCCCCCUUAGGAGCAAUGAUUUACUGGCAUCUGUGUCCUUAUCUGUGGGACUGUCUUUGCCCUCACUGUUGAUCCUGUUGGGCAGGAGAACGGUGAAGAUCCCAACGGCCUCAUCACCAUGGAUGGGAUUUCAGAACGACAUCAACAUCUGUUAUAGCGAUGUUCAAGUCCAUGAGCGCAUUCCAGGAGGAAGACUGGGCCCCAGGUGCUGCUGUGCUAGGGCGGAGGUUGCUGCAACGCAGAAGCUCAGUCUGGCCGGAGUUCGGUGGACGUUCCGGGGCUGCAGCCACGGGGAGCUGGGCACCGACGGGCCGGGGGCGGGGUCCGGGCGGCAGUUCGCCCCGCCCCCGCUCAGGCCCCGCCCCAGAGGACUUACCGCCGCGCAGACCAGCACAGGCCCCUCACCGGCCCCUCACCAAGCAGGCUCCUGCGACGCGUGGGCUGCUCCCGCGAGCCCCCUCUCCCCGAGGCCCCUCAACUUGCCCUUCCCCGACUUUGGGCGCGCAGCCAGGGCGGGGUUGUGGGCGGGCCGGCUGUGGUCUUUUCUUUCCCCUCCCUUCCCCCCACCUCCGCCUUUCCGGUGUCUGCGGGAGGGGGUUGGGCGGUGAUUGAUAACCGCGCAGCUGGAGCUCGGGGCGGUCCGGACGGGGCGCACCGGAUUGGGAGAGAGCUCGAGGAGGGUGGUGGGGGAGAACCCCCGGGGGCGGAGCGCGCGGGCGGCUGGGUGGGGGACCCCGGGGGGCGGAACGCUCGAGAGGCGGCCCUCGCUCCUCGGCCCCCGGGUGCCCCCGCCCCCGGCCCCGCCCGCCCCAGCCACCUGCGCCCCGCCCCAGCCGCGCCCGAGCCCGGGAAAGGCAGAGGCGCGCCCCUGCUCUGGGAAGGGCGAGUCCCCGUUGCGAAGAGCGUUGUGUCUCCGGGAAC